GCAUUCUCGCCGUCAACACCGGUGACCGGCCGCAUCGCAUUCUUGCGACAUUCUAGUUAUCGUUUGAGACCGCUUGCGCUCGGAAGACAAACAUCAUUCGUGGUCCGUGGUUAUCGCUUAUCAUAGCAGCGCUUUGUGUUCGCUUCGCUUCUUUACCCCGUUUUAGUCCGAAAACCACAAAUAUGUCGUUCGUUUCGGUGCCCCAGGGAAGCGAUUUCCCGAUCGAAAAUCUUCCGUACGGUGUCUUCAGUACCACGGUCAAGCCUACCGCGCGAAUUGGAGUGGCGAUCGGUGAUCAGAUACUCGAUCUUUCGGCCGUGGCACAGUUUUAUCCCGAGCAUGUUCGCGCCGCGUUAGGUGCUACGGUACUGAAUGACUUGAUGGCAUUGGGCUGCGAUGCGUGGAAGGAAGUGCGCCGGAUCACCCGGAAUCUGCUGUUGGAAGGAUCGGCUCUGCAUAAAGACGCUGCGCUGCAGGCGCAAGCCCUCGUACCGCAGGCCGAUGCAAAGAUGCACCUACCGGCUAACAUUGGAGAUUACACGGAUUUCUACUCCUCAAUCCACCAUGCCACCAACGUCGGUGUGAUGUUCCGCGGUAAGGAGAAUGCACUGAUGCCAAAUUGGAAGCAUCUGCCGGUCGGUUAUCAUGGGCGGGCCAGCUCGGUUGUAGUCUCCGGUACACCGAUCCGACGCCCUUAUGGACAAACACUGCCAGUCGACGGAGCAGAUCCAGCCUUUGGACCCUGCCGGUUGUUCGAUUUCGAGCUCGAAAUGGCCUUCCUGGUCGGUGGUCCAGCAACACAGCUCGGUGACCGGGUCUCGGUCGCGGAGGCCGCCAAUCGUGUCUUUGGUUUCGUCCUCAUGAACGAUUGGAGUGCACGGGACAUUCAAAAAUGGGAAUACGUCCCGUUGGGGCCGUUCACGGCCAAAAACCUUGGUACCAGCAUCUCCCCGUGGGUCGUACCGGUGGCGGCAUUAGAACCCUUCCUAGUCGAUAACUUCCCUCAGGACCCACAACCCUUCCCGUACCUACGCCACGAGCAGAAGUUCAACUUCGAUAUCAAGCUGGAGGUCGACAUUAAACCGAAGGCAACGGGUGUAGCGACGACGGUCUGCCGUUCGAACUAUCGAAACCUGUACUGGACGGCGCUGCAGCAGAUCGCGCAUCACACUGUUACCGGGUGUAAUCUAAAGCCGGGUGAUCUGAUGGCGUCCGGUACGAUCAGUGGCGAUGCGUCCGACUCGUUCGGCUCGAUGCUCGAGCUAAGCUGGAAGGGUACGAAACCGGUUCCGUUGGCCGGUGGCGAGACGCGCAAGUUUCUGCAGGACAACGACGAGGUGAUCGUGCGUGGUUACUGUAGCAACGGUGAGCUGCGCAUUGGUUUUGGGUCCUGCAGUGGCGUCGUACUGCCCGCCACACCGUUCAGCGAGUAG